AUGGAUGACCAAGAACUUACCCGGCGCAUCCGGCUGCUUACCAAGGCCGUCGCUUCUGAGCCGGCCUCAGUCGUCAUCGAGAUCCUUGAGGAGUUGAAGAAGGAGAAGGCUCCGACUGAGGAGCAGCUUCGCGUAGGUGCUCCAUCCACUAAGGCGGGCGUCGCCGUCGGCAAGUUGCGUUCGCAUCAAGAUAAGAACAUUGCCCGCAUUGCCGGCGAGAUUGUCUCCAAGUGGCGCAAGAACGUCGAUGCUGCCAAGGAUGCGAAGAAGCGCAAGCUUGAGCAGCAGCAGCAGCAACAGACGAACACUCCGACUCCCAAGGACUCACCCGCUCCUCCCUCAUCCGCCUACAACACCCCGUACCAGGGCGAUCCCGAGAAGCGUCACUUCAAGGUUGACAACGUUGAUAUCUCGCGUACUGGUAAUAAGGUUCGGGAUGGUUGCAUUGGCGUGCUGUACAACGGCCUGGCAUACCGGCGCACCGAGUCGAUUGAGGAGAUCCUUCAGAAGGCCAUGGAAGUCGAGGCGGCCGCGUUCGAGGUGUAUAAGGGCGACACUCCUGAGUACCGGAGCAAGAUACGUGGUCUGAUGACCAGUCUCAAGCGUAAGGACAACGCCGAGCUGGGCGACCGCGUCAUGAAGGGCGAGAUUACCCCGCACCAGUUCGUGAAAAUGACAGAGAAGGAGCUCGCGUCGGAGGCCCAACGUCUGCGCGAUGCCCAACUCGAGCGUGAGAACAUGCUCAAGGCACAAGUGCCGAUGGCGCAGAAGUCUAUUAGCGACUCGCUCCAGUGCUCGAAGUGCAAGCAGAAGAAGGUGUCCUACAGCCAGGCUCAGACCCGCUCUGCUGAUGAACCGAUGACAACCUUUUGUGAGUGUACUGUUUGCGGCCACCGCUGGAAGUUCUCGUAA